UUGCUUGUUUGUAGGGGUAGCCAGAAGACUAGGGUAGAGGGAGCCCCUGGCUUCGGCUUUGGUCUUUAGAACAGAAUAUGAACUUUUCCCAGGCCAACUUCUCCAAGCCCUUCCUGCUACUCUUGCCUGAUGUCUGACCUUCCGCAUGGGGUGAGAGAAUUCCCAGCUUAGAGACUCCAAUUCUGGCACUAAGGGACAAGGAUCUCUGAUUCCAACAUCGGUCAAGCUCACCGGCUCUCUGCCCUAGUGUGGAUGAGGAUGGCAAGUUCCUCUGGCUCCGGGCUCCUUAGCUGCCUCCUCCCCCUCUUCCUCCAGGUGUCUGCACCACUGUCAGGCGAUGCCGGCAGGUUCCACCUGGCGCCGCUAGGGGGCACGGCCGAGCUGCCCUGCCCGCUCUCGCUCUGGCCUGGGAUGCGGCCCGAGGAGGUGCGGUGGCAGCGCCCCUCGCCCCUGCAGCGCCCGCGGGCCGUGCACGUGUUCCGCAACGGGGAGAGCAGGGAGGAAGAGCUGGUGCCGCAAUAUGCGGGCCGGACGGAGCUGGUGGGAAACGCCCAGGAGGGAAGUGUCGCCCUGAAGAUCCACAACGUGAGCCUCGAGGACCGAGGACUCUACCAGUGUCAGAUCCGGAUCGGGAACCUGAGUCGAGAGGGCUCGGUGACGCUGCAGGUGGCAGUUCUAGGCUCUGAUCCUUACAUCCACGUGAAGAGCUACGAUGCCGGGUGGAUCCAGCUGGUGUGCAGGUCAAUAGGCUGGUUCCCGAAGCCUCGGGCCCAAUGGAGAGACCCAAAUGGUGGAGUGUUUGUAUCCCUGUCAGAGGUCCAUUCCCUGGAUGAAACCGGCCUCUUCCGAACAGCAGUGUCCAGCAGAGUGAGGGACAGCACUUUGGGGAACGUGUCCUGUACUGUCCGCAAUGAGGUCCUUGGCCAAGAAAAGACCGCAGCCAUGGUCAUAGAAGCCCCAUCUCCAGGAAGUAUUUCUCCCUCAGCGGUGGCUCUUGCUACCAUCCUGCCUGUCCUGGUGCUUCUCAUCACAGCAGGCUUUUGCCUUUUGUGGAAGCAAAGAAGAUCAAAAGAGAAGCUUCUCUAUGAACAGGCGAUGGAGGUAGAAAAUCUUCUUGAAGACCAUGCGAAAGAAAAAGGAAGACUUCAUAAAGCCCUCAAGAAACUCCGGAGUGAACUGAAGUUGAAAAGAGCUGCAGCUAACUCAGGCUGGAGAAGAGCCCGGCUACAUUUUGUGGCAGUGACCUUGGAUCCAGAGACAGCACAUCCCAAACUCAUCCUGUCUGAGGACCGAAGAUGUGUGAGGCUUGGUGACAGAAAGCGGCUGGUGCCUGACAACCCCCAGAGAUUUGACUUUGUUGGUUCAGAGAUGGGCAGUGAGAAGGAGCCGAGCCCAGAACCACACCUGCCAGAGGAAGGGGAAGGACUUAAGCUUUGGAGAGUGGAUGGCUCAGAGAGCUCUCGAAUCCUACCUGGGGAGGAACAUGGGCCGGAGAGCCUAUUGAUGGAGGCACCAGGAACACAUCUGGAAAAGCCAUGGCAGGAAGCCCCUGCCCCAACUGGAGGACCUGAGGACCCCAUUGCUCAUCCAAGGCCAGGAGAAGACGAGAAGCCCUUUUUAUGUGCCCAGUGUGGCAAAACCUUCAACAACAUCUCGAGCCUCAGGACACACCAGCGCAUCCACACUGGCGAGAAGCCAUACAAGUGCUCGGAAUGCGGCAAGAGCUUCUCCCGAAGCUCCAACCGCAUCCGCCACGAGCGGAUCCACCUGGAGGAGAAGCACUACAAGUGUCCCAGGUGCCAGGAGAGCUUCCGGCGGCGCUCGGACCUCACCACGCACCAACAGGACCACAUGGGCCUGCGGCCCUACCGUUGUGACACCUGCGGCAAGAGCUUCAGCCAGAGCGCCACGCUGGCGGUGCACUACCGCACCCACCUGGACCCGGCGCCCUACAUCUGCUGCGAAUGUGGGAAGAGCUUCAGCAACAGCUCCAGCUUCGGGGUGCACCACCGCACCCACACGGGCGAGAGGCCUUACGAGUGCAUGGAGUGCGGGAGGACGUUCAGUGACAUCUCCAACUUCGGCGCGCACCAGCGGACCCACAGAGGGGAGAAACCCUAUCGCUGCACCCUGUGCGGGAAACACUUCUCCCGGAGCUCCAACCUCAUCCGACACCAGAAGACACACAUGGGUGAGCAGACAGGAAGGGAUUCCAGCUGAACCGAGCCCCAUGGAGAAAGAGAGGGAGGGAGGCCAGGGAAGGCCCCACCUAUGGAGAGGAAAAAGGCCUUUAGAAGUGGCUGUGGCCAUCCAGACCGCGAGCCCUCCAUCCAUCUUAGAGAAUGGUUUCCUGUUGCCUCUGAAGCCUCGAUCUCCAGCAAGUCCAGAAGAUGAGUGAAAAUCCUUGCCUCCUCCCAGGAAAAAGUUAGAAGACACAAUCUUGAUUUUUUUCCCUCCUUGGGCGUGGAAGAAGUAUGUUAGCUCAGGACGUGUUUCUGUCCCUGGAGCGGCAGUCUGUUGGCCUUUGAGAAAGUGCCUGUGAGAUGUCACCUCUGAGGGGCCCCCACAUUGUCUGUGAACUGCUUAGGAUGCACUGCAGUGGCCUGCUUUCCCACCAGUCCUGACCUGAGUGCUUCUAGAGCUCUAGGCUGGGAGGAGUGGCCCUCCUAAGGGAAGGGGCCUCCAUGGUCUGAGGAGAGGUGUGGGGACCUGCCUUAGGA